CGAACAAACCGAUAUCGAAACUUGCCUCUGCUACCAGAAACAAUAAAAUCGCAUCUCACCAGAAUCGCCAACAGAAACUCGUCUUCAAGAUGGCCGACAGCAUGUGUGGUCCGUCUAACGGCGCCAAGAAUCUUUUGUCGCAUGUCGACCGCGAUCGCGCCCAUCACCAGGAUCGCUUCGUCAACGCGCCGCAGGCCGGCCCGGGCAAUGCUUUCCGUUCGCAGGCUCCCUUUGCCAAUGGCGCCGAGAUGGCCUUUGGAGGCUUUCAGCAGGGCGGCGCGCCCAUGGACGCGGCCUUCGGUCCCGGUCUCGACAUGAAUACCGUUGCUGGCGCUAGGGCCUAUGGUCAUCCGGCUCCCGGUGCUCCGACCACCAUGGCCAACAUCGGCCCGGGCGCACCGGCCGCCCGCCUUGCUUCCCCCGCUACCGGUGGUGCCUCGGCGACCUCGCACCAGGAAUGGGUUAACCAGUUCUCGGGCAUGCAGAUUGGCGGCGGUGUAGCUGGACCCAGCACUGCGAUGACUACCCAGAUGCGUUCGGCCCCCAUGGCUACCAUGAACCCGGCCAUGAACAUGCAGCAGGCUGCUUUCGGCAUGCCCAUGCAUAACGGUCUGUCUGGCGGUGUCUAUGGUCUCCAGAACCACGGCAUGAACCCGAUCACCCAGCAGCAACCCCAGACCGCCGUGGCCCAGGACUCCGACAUUGACGUCGAAGCUUUCAAUCGCGCGUUCGGCGAAUACGAUGAUGCCAACUUCAAGACCGAGCUCGCCGACUGGACCGAGAAGCAACAGGUUGCCAACACCGAGUUCGCCGAGGCGCAAGACAAGUGGAUGGCCGAGCACGGCCCGCGCGUCGAUCCCGCCACCGAGGUCACUGCGCCCUCGGCCGACGAGAUGGAGGUCAUCGACACCAACCUGGAGAAGCUCGCGCAGGAGCAGGACAAGCGCCGGUCCGACGACGACCUGGUGCACGCCGCCAUCGACAUUGUCAACUCGGUCGCCGACAACAACUCGGACAAGUUCAAGAACUCGCGCUUCUUCGAGCUGAUGCGCCGCAUCGGCAACCGCGAGGUCGUCGUCGAGGGCGACGGCUUUGUCAACGCCACCACCGGCGAGGCCGUCAACACCUCGCACGACGAUGAGCAGCACGACUCUGGUCUUGGCUCCGACGCGGCUACGCCGCAAAAGGCCGCCGAGGACCAGCGCGCCUGAACGCGCAUCGCGGACCACUGAUCGCUUCGCCCGCCGUCAUGGGGGGUGGGGCGAUCGUUGUUAUAUAUCAAGCCCUCAGUCUUGUCCUGUUACCCCCUACGUACAUAUGUACACCUGUAUUGUGUAUUGCUACAG